GACAAAAUAUUUGUUGUUAGUGAGGCAGAGGACGGAGAGAGGGGGAAGCGAGGGCCCGGACGACGAUCCGACCUGAGAACUGCAGCUCGCUGAGAUCCGCUUAUAUCUGUUAUAUCUAAACAGCGGCCAUGUCGGUGAAUAUGGACGAACUGCGGCAUCAAGUGAUGAUUAACCAGUUUGUGUUGACUGCUGGCUGCGCUGCGGACCAAGCAAAGCAGCUUCUCCAAGCGGCGCACUGGCAGUUCGAGACUGCCCUAAGCUCCUUUUUCCAAGAGGCCAACAUCCCAAGUCACCAUCACCAGAUGAUGUGCACUCCACGCAACACUCCAGCCACGCCUCCCAACUUUCCAGACGCCAUCACCAUGUUCUCCAAGCUGCGCGCAUCCGAGUGCACGAGUGGAGGCAACAGUGGUCCAGGCCAGGUCCCCAUGGCUUGCUCCCCUCCCCCCACCUCUAUGUCAAGCUUUGGCUCCUUCUGGGCUUCGUCGCCGCCCAGCCACCAACCUGCAUGGCUGCCCCCCUCCUCCCCCACGGGCCACCAUAUGCACCACCAUCACCAUCAUCUUCACCACCACCACCACCAACACACAAAUCAGACACCCACGUGGCCUCCUGUGUCUCAGCCUGGCGGCACCCAGCAAACCCCUUUUAUUUCAGCCCUGCACGGUCAGAGAUGAGACUUUACUAAUGGAGGCGGGGCUAAAGAAUUGGGAUGGGCAGUGGAGGAGAUUACGUUGUGUUUUUUUUUAUUUUUUUAUUUUGUAAACAGGGAUGUUUAAGGAGAACUGAAUUGGACCACGAGGGAGGAUAAGAGACAUGGUACUGUUUUCCUUUUUGUUUGUUUUUCCUAAAAUUAUGAACAGUGUUUUUUUUUUUUUUUUCUUUUUUUUUUUCUUUUUUUUUUUUUUUUUUCCAUCAUUGAUGUUAUAACUGCCGAAGCCUAGGAAGAACCACUAUUAAAAAUCAUGGACUUUUGGCAUUAGGGUAACAGACUUUGCAGCUACUGAGGAGCAUGGGUGAUGGAGUUUAACCAGAGCAUGGGGCCAUUGGAAGCCAAGCAGGAAAGUUAGAGAGAGUGCGUGUGCGUGAAUCUUGAAUGCUUUUGGAUGCUCGGUCCCUGCUUUUGCACUGCAUCAACAACAAGCACUCACCAUGGACCACGGAAGUUGAGCAUCAUUCUGCGAUACUCAUUGCGCUCAUAUUUAGCAAGCCGGGUUGAACUAAUUACUUUCUUUGGUUAAAAUUGUUAUUGCCAUGUUUGACACUCAAAUAUGUUUAGGACCCUAUGUUUUGUGUAUAUUUUUCUCCUGUAAAUCACUGAAUCCUUUAGUUUAUUUUAAGAUUAUAUCAAUUAUAAGAUAUCAAUAUUGGGAAAUCCAACACAUUUGCUCCUUUUUGUACAUAUAGUACAUCCCUAUUAUUAACCACAGGGUUACAUUUUAUUUAAAACUCAUUUCUGAAUCCCAGAGUUGGACCCACAGUGUCAAAUACGGCAAUAAUGACAAAGCUCUGACUACAAAAUGAUGGCAUGACCUCAGUGGACUAUGUAGAAGCUGGCAAGAAUUUUAGGUUGAAACACUCGUGAUCGUGUUCAUGCUCUUCUCCUCAAAGGCAUCAUUUUUUUUUAUGCAAAUUUACUGUAGUUUUUCAAUUAUCAGACUCUAUUCUCCCUGUCAGUCAAACAAACCCUUGUUGGUUCAGUCUAAGGAAGCUGAAAUAGUAAGUGAAGAUUUGAUAUAAUCUGCAAUAAUUUUGAUGUAAACUGGCCUUUUUAGAUGCCACAGUUCUGAUGUGUCCAUCAUGUCCAUGUGAUUUUGUUUAAGAAUGUUGCAUUUAAAUACAAAUUUCAAGCAGA